AUAACUGUCAAAAAUUAAAUUAUUAGUAGUUUCAUCUGAACCACACCUCGGGUAUAUCAUCACACGACAAACUCAGUAGUAAUUAACAAAACAUCUUUGAAAUGAAAAGUACAUACAGCACGGGACUUUUGUGGUUGAUGUUUUACAUAUAUGCAACUGUUAAUGGCGAUUGUAAUAGAGGAAUUGCCACGAGAAUGAUUAAAGACCAGCUGAAAACUUUGGAGAACUCUGUUAACAUGGCGGUGGAUGAUAAUUCCUGCUGCAACCCAAAACCGAAAAUACCUGUAGCAUUCCACGCCGAGCUUGGCUCUAACAGAAUUUACAAAGGCGGUUCAGUCUGGGUCUUUGACAAUGUCGUCACCAACGUAGGAAAUGCGUACAAUCCAAAGACGGGGAAGUUCACCACGCCAAGUAAAGGUAUCUAUCUGUUCAACUGGUACACUCUCAGUAACCCUGGUAAAGUGUCACAUGCAGGGUUAUACGUAAAUGGGAAGAUGAAAGGAAGACAGGCCUCAAAUAACCAAGGCAAUGACAAAAAGUAUAUUACUGCUGGUAGCAGCAUCGUCCUGGCUCUGGAGAAGGGAGAUUUAGUAUAUAUCAUGGAUGCUCACGGAAGAACAUCAGAUGUGAAAAGCUCUUGGACAGCCUUUGGUGGUGUGCAACAGGGCUGACAUGCAUAACAACCAGUUGUUUAUCUACUUCCUUCAAUAAAGGUUUAUCUAAAUUA